CCUCCUCUGCCUUUGGUCUUUAUUUUAAAGAAAAAUCCCACAGAGUGUGUCAUUCAUCUUUGGUUUUCCCCUGACAGCAAAGGAUCAUUGUAUGUCAUGGCGACCAUAUUACAAAGUGACGAUCUUGACAUUGCCCGGGUAUACAAUAGUGGUAGGAGUUGUCAAAGUGCGGCAAUUGGAAUGUUUAACGUUCGAGCCCAAAAGUGUGUACGGCACCAGAGCACCUAUUCAAGGAAUGUGGGGAUCUACAGCAUAGUUGAUGUCAAUCUACAUGCGCGACCACAGUUUUCCAGAAUUAACUCUUGCGCAUGUGCAAGUCAGUGGCCUGUCCAACAAGAUUCUGUAGGCCUGAUUACACAUUUGGGGAAUCAUGCUGGCACCUAUAGAAGUCUCUGUCUUGUCCGAUGA